AUGGAGGCGCCGUGGCGCCAGGGCGGCCGGGGCCGGGGCCGCGCCAGGCCCGGGGAUGGGGUCGCCGCCCGCACUGGGGCAGCUCCCCGGCCCUCGGCGCCUCGGGCCCGCGGCGGUGCCAGCGCUGCAGACACUGGGACCAGCGGCGGGGGCGACAGCGAAUUAUCUUCACAGAGGAAAUUUGAAGAAAUCAAGAAGGCUAACCAGGCUGCAGCUAAAAAGCUGGUUGAAGACCAGUUUAGCUCCUCAUCUGAAGAUGAUGAUGACGAUGCUGAAGUAAAACAAGGAAAGAUUUUGGCGAAAACGUUUACCAUUUACACCAGCCAAACUGAUGGAGAUGCGAGUGACCUGGAGCGUACAAGACAAUACAUGAAUGAAGCUUUUCAGUCAGGGGCUAUGACAUGCCUGAUCUGCAUUGCUUCAGUUAAAAGGAACCAAGCUGUCUGGAGCUGUUGUGGAUGCUUUUGUAUAUUCCACCUGGUGUGUAUCCAGAAGUGGGCCAGGGACAGCCUUUUCCUUGUGUCUUCUCCUUUGACAGAUGAUGAUUUUGGGAAGAAAGAUUAUCCCUGGCCAUGUCCUAAAUGUAGGUUUGAAUACAAACGGUCUGAAACUCCCAGUAGGUAUUACUGUUACUGUGGGAAAGUGGAGAAUCCAACGGUGGACCCCUGGCUGGUACCUCACUCCUGUGGUCAGAUAUGUGAGAGGGAAUUCAAACCUCCCUGUGGGCAUAAAUGUUUGCUGCUUUGUCAUCCAGGACCCUGCCCACCUUGCCCAAAGAUGGUCACAACAACGUGUCACUGCAAGAAAGCCAAAGCAGUGCCCCGACGGUGCAGUGCCAAGGACUGGUCGUGCCGCCUGCCCUGUGGACGGACGCUGCUGUGCGGGCAACACACUUGUGAGAAUCCCUGUCAUGCAGGAGACUGCCAGCCCUGUCCACGAGUCAGUAAGCAGCGAUGCGUCUGUGGCAGACAGACCACAGAAAGACUUUGUGCCAGUCCUCAGUGGCAGUGUGAUCAGGUGUGUGGGAAACCUUUGCCUUGUGGCAAUCACACGUGUGAACAAGUUUGUCAUUCUGGUCCCUGUGGAGACUGUCCUCGUUCUGGGAAAAGGUCCUGUCCAUGUGGAAAAUCAAAGUUUACAUUGCCUUGUACAGAAGAUGUGCCCACCUGUGGUGACAGUUGUGACAAAGUUCUGGAAUGUGGCAUCCACAGAUGUUCCCAGCGCUGCCAUCGAGGUCCCUGUGAAAUAUGCAGGCAGGAAGUGGAGAAGCAGUGCCGCUGUGGGAAGCACACUAAACGCAUGCCGUGCCACAAGCCAUACCUGUGUGAAACAAAGUGCACUAAAACUCGUGAUUGCCAAAAGCACCAGUGCAGGAGAAAGUGCUGUUCUGGAAACUGCCCACCUUGUGAUCAGGUCUGUGGGCGGACUCUGGGCUGCAGAAAUCACAAAUGUCCUUCAGGCUGCCAUAGAGGCAGCUGCAAUCCGUGUCCAGAGACUGUGGAUGUGAAGUGCAACUGUGGCAAAACUGUCAUUAAGGUGCCCUGUGGCAGGGAGCGCACCAUCAAACCUCCCAAAUGCAAGCAGCUCUGCAGUCGACCACCAACCUGCCACCACUCUACCCAGGAGAAACACUACUGCCACUUUGGUCGCUGUCCUCCCUGUCGGCAGUCCUGCCAGAAAACCUUGGCCUGUGGUCAUUUGUGCCCUGUUCCCUGUCAUGAUGAAGCACUUGUGAAGCAGCCUGGCCUACACCAAUCUGCAGGCCCUUGGGAGCAGCCAUCUGAACCAGCUUUCAUUCAAACUGCAUUGCCCUGCCCUCCCUGCGAGGUUCCUAUCCCAGUGGAGUGUCUUGGGCAGCAUGAGGUUAGUCCAUUGCCAUGCCACUCUGCCAACCCCUACUCUUGCAAAAGAUUUUGCGGGCGGCUUCUGGACUGUCAGAAUCACAGCUGCACGAGAGAAUGUCAUCGUGUCACCAAACUGAGCAGUGGUGCAGAUGGAAAGAAGGCAGGUCCAGAAUGUUCACAGUGUGAAGAGGAGUGUACUAAGCCUCGGCCAUCCGGCUGUCCUCACCGCUGCGUUUUGCCUUGCCAUCCUGGAGAUUGCCCAUCCUGCCUCCAGAUGCUCAAGACAAAGUGUCACUGCAAACUCUCAGUACUCUAUAUUGAAUGCUUGAAGCUUACAAGUGCUGAUUUAAAAGAAAAAGAGCUUCUUGUUUCCUGCAGAAAUCAGUGUCCAAAAGAGCUGCCCUGUGGUCACCGCUGUAAAGAGAUUUGCCAUUCAGGGAGCUGUCCUCUGAACUGCAGCCAGAAGGUUAAACUUCGAUGUCUCUGCAAGAGACUGAAAAAGGAAAUCCAAUGCAGCAAGAUACAAGAAGGCCAAGUUUCACUGGAAUGUGAUGCAUUGUGCAAGGAAAUGAAGAGGAAAGCAUCUGAGAUAAAAGAGGCAGAAGCCAAAGCUGCUAUUGAAGAAGAGAAGAGAAGGCAACAGGCUGAACUGGAAGCCUUUGAAAACAGGUUAAAAGGACGAAGAAAGAACAAGAGAAGAAAGGAUGAAGUCGAAGUUGAACAAUCAGCAUGGCAGAAAUACAAGAACCUGCUUAUGCUGCCAGUGUUGGGAGUUGCUGUCGUGAUGGUUGCCUGGCUCAUGGUCUACAACGACUGAACCAGCUCAAUAGUUACUGCCCCUCGGCUGGGCUUGAGGUCGCUGUUGUUCCUGGAGAGUCAGCCUGUGUGCAGCAGAACUUCCCAUGCACAGAUGAUGUGUGUGCACUGCUUGCCAGGAGAAGUGCAGACGAGGGAAGAAAUGUCACCUUUUGUGUUAUGACAGUACAAAGCUGAAUUCAGACACUAAGUCACGGCGGAUUUUAGUCUACACUGAAGUGCUGAUGUAGUUCCUCUGGCUGGGAUCCCUUAACAUCUCCUCUAUUAAUAUAUUGUGUUGCUUUCCUUGCCUCCAUUUCUUCCUAUUAAAAAUAGCUUAGUAUAAAAUGCUUGAUUGAAUAUUUCUGUUGCAAUCAGUUCAGUGGUUCACUGAAGAUCAGUGUUCUUAUGCUAAUUCUUUCUGUUGUAUCACACAAUUUCUGUGCUUCAUGUCUGUUUUGAUUAAAAAAGCUAAUGGGGAACUUCACAUCACUUAGGCUUGGGUAUUCUGGGGCCUCAUGUCAGAACUUUGGUCAGAGAAAGCACAUGUGAACUGUCUUUCAAGUCAACUGUAUCACAAACAAUAAAAAGGA